AUGGUCACUGUAAAUCAAAUGUCUUUUUUCCAGAUGGUCUUCAGAAAUAACAUCACCUCCAUCAUCCUUCUGGGAUUUCCAAAUCUUCCAAACAUCCAAUUUCUGUUCUUCUCAUUACUGAUUAUUUUAUACUGUGGGGCCAUUUCAGGGAACCUUCUUAUCAUGGUCUUGUAUUUAGUGAGUCAAACCCUUCAGUCCCCCAUGUACUUCUUUAUCACACAACUUUCAUUAUGUGACCUCCUGGUGACUACAGACAUUGUCCCCAUCCUGCUUCACUCUAUAAUGUAUGGAAUGAGUACUAUGACUCUCAUUGGCUGCAUAAUCCAGCUUACAUUUUUUCUCUUAUCAGAGUCCUCAGAAUGUUUUCUACUGUCACUUAUGUCUUAUGAUCGUUAUCUGGCCAUCUGUAACCCCCUUCAUUAUCAUUCCAUCAUGACUCAUAAUUUAUGUGUUAUCUCUGUAAGCGUUAUUUGGUUGGUGGCUUUUAUUGCAACCCUGAUCAUUAUCAUCUCCAUCUAUAGUUUAAAUUUCUGUGGCCCACACAUCAUUGACCAUUUCUACUGUGACUAUGAACCUAUGCUGCAGCUCUCCUGCUCUGACACAUCCAUCAUUCAGAAAAUGAAUCUUAUAUUGGGAUUUUUCUUUGCUACGGGACCUUUUAUAAUAAUUGUGAUGUCCUAUGUGUAUAUUGUCAUCACCGUUCUGAAGAUCCCAUCGAAUACUGGAAGACAUAAAGCCUUCUCCACCUGUAGCUCCCACCUCAUUGUGGUCUCCAUGUUUUAUUGGACAUUAAUGGCAGUUUAUAUGUUUCCUAAAAAAGGACAGUCAUUGAUCCUGAGUAAGAUCUUGUCUCUGAUGUAUACUGUGCUGACCCCAGUGCUCAAUCCUAUUAUUUAUACCCUGAGGAACAAAGACCUCAAAGAAGCUUUUCUUAAACUUAAAUUUAAUAACUUAUAA